AUGUGUGCCCCUGCUGCCAAUACUGGGGCAUUCACGCUGGGAGGCCUGGGCACGGCUGCCACCACCACUACCUCCUCCCUCGGCCUGGGGAGCAGCCUGUUUGCACAAAAACCUGCCAGUGGAUUCUCCUUUGGCUCUCCAGCAGCAGGAACUGCUGCACCUGCCACAGGCCUUACUCUAGGGGCUCCAGCUGCAACCACCACCACCAACAACACCUUCCUGGGUUUUGGAAAACCGGCAGCAUCAGCCGCACCCUUCUCCCUCACCGCGUCCGCUCCUCCCACGGGCCUGACCCUUGGCACCGCCCUCACCUCCACUGCCCCGGUCCCCCAGGCCAGCUCUACCGGCUUCGCUCUCACCCUGGGAGCAACACCCGCCACCUCUGGCACCAUCCCCUCUGGGCUCACAUUGGGCACUACCUCUGGACUGGGCUCCAACCUUUUUAACACAGCUAAUGCCGCUUUGGGACAGCCGGCUCUCGGGGGGCUGGGUUUGGGGGCUCUCAUCUCCACUUCAACCUCUAGUGCCCCUCCAGCUUCCACCAGUGUAGGUCUUGGUGGUAUUGAUUUAAGCUCCUCCGAGAAGAAUAAUAAAUCCUCUGGGGCCAGGCCAGAGGAUAGCAAGGCUCUGAAGGAUGACAAUCUCCCACCCCUCAUCUGCCAAGAUGUUGAAAAUUUCCAGAAGUUUGUGAAGGAGCAGAAACAGGUUGAAGAGGAGAUCAGCAGGAUGUCCUCCAAGGCCAUGCUGAAGGUUGAGGAUGAUAUUAAGAGUCUGAAGCAGCUUCUGUCUCUCAGUGCCAGCAGCCUGCAGAGGAACAGUCUUGCCAUCAACAAACUGAAGAUGGAGACUGCUCAGGAACUGAAAAAUGCAGAUAUUGCCAUACGGACACAGAACCCCCCAGGACUCCAGCAUGAAAACACUGCACCCUCAGAUUAUUUCAGAGCCCUGAUUGGUCAGUUUGAGGUGCAGCUGCAACAGUAUCGCCAGCAAAUCGAGGAGCUGGAGAAUCACCUGACAACUCAGGGCAGUGGCCACAACAUCACACCCCAAGAUUUGUCCCUGGCCAUGCAAAAACUCUACCAGACAUUUGUGGCUCUGGCUGCACAGCUCCAGUCGGUGCAUGAAAAUGUGAAGAUCCUUAAACACCAGUACUUGGGCUACAGGAAGGCUUUCCUGGAGGACUCCACGGAUGUUUUCCAGUCCAAAAGAGCCGCCAGUCAGAAGUGGCAGAGCGCCCCGCGCGUCACCACUGGCCCCACCCCCUUCAGCAGUGUUCCGAACGCAGCGGCUGUUGCCAUGGCUGCCACGCUAACACAGCAGCAACAGCCCGCUCCAG